CUCAAUAAACCCCGUCCGGCGUUGUGGCGUUUGGCGACCGGAACUUCAAUGCAACAAAAUAUCAGUAAAGUGCAAAAUAUUUAUUGUAAAAGGGGCAGGAUCUUUACCUAUUUUGCGAGGUUGCAUAUUCCUCAGAGAGCUGCCCGAUGCAGGUGGAGGUGAGACAUCUGCCAGGGGAAGGGAAGGCGGCGCAGCGACGGUCGGCCGUCGGGGGCCCCCCCUCGCCAGUCGCCAGCGGCUGACUCGCCUUCGCGCUAAUGCGUUGCGUUGGUUGGAGCGCCUGGGAGUCGGUGCCGCCGGCCGGCCGGACGGGGAGCGGCAGAGGGCGGCCGGACACAGCCUGUGGUCACUCCCCUCUCCCCGCCCGGUCCCACUGAAAGCUCCGUCCGCCCCGCCGGCGGGAGUGAGUCGGCUGGAGAUGGCGGGGUGUGGGGACAGUUCCCCAGGUAUAGAGUUGAAGACCUGCCUGGAUGAAUGCAUGUUUGCUAUGGACCUGUUCCUCAACAACCAAUUCAAUGAGAGCCUGGAGAUGCUGAAACCAAGGAUGAAGGAGAGCAUGUACCACGCUUUGAUGUAUGCCACCAUUUUGGAAAUGCAGGCCAUGAUGACCUUUGAACACGAUGACAUCAUCAGUGCUGGUCACACAAUGAAGGAAGCACAGGAGAUUUGUCAAAGGUUUCGAAAGAAGUCCACUGUUGUUGGUUCCCUCUCGAGUCUUGUGAACAAAUCAUCUGGUGACCACUUCACUGAAGACGAGAUCCACGCAGAGGUCUGUUACGCUGAGUGUUUACUACAGAGAGCUGCCUUGACAUUCUUGCAGGAUGAGAACAUGGUCAGUUUCAUCAAGGGUGGGAUUAAAGUCAGGAACAGCUUCAUGAUUUACAAAGAGCUCCAUAACUUCUUGCAGUCGAAUCUCUUCAGCAAAGGACCCAAUCACUCUCACUUGGAAGGAGGGGUUUCUCUAGGAAUUGGGGCGUUUAACCUGGCACUGUCGAUGUUUCCCACACGGAUCCUGAAGUUGUUGGAGGUUGUCGGCUUCUCUGGGGACAAGGAAUAUGGUCUGUCCCAGUUACACGAUGGAGUGAUGGUGCCCAAUAUCCGAGCCAUUCUGUGUGUCAUGCUGUUGCUGUGUUAUUACACCUUCCUCACCUUCGUACUCGGAACGGGAGAGGAGGAUGUCACAGACGCUGUGCAUCUGCUUCAGCCCUACCUCGCACAAUACCCUAAGAGUGCAAUAUUCCUGUUCUUUUCGGGAAGAAUCGAAGAAAUCCAGGGGAAUCUCGAUAAGGCAAUCCAGAGGUUUGAGGAGGGCUGCGCGGCGCAGCAAGUGUGGAAGCAGUUCCACCACAUGUGCUACUGGGAGCUGAUGUGGUGCUUCACCUACAAGCGGCUGUGGAAGAUGGCUUACUUCUACGCGGACCUCCUCAGCAAAGAGAGCCGCUGGUCUAAGGCGAUGUAUGUCUACAUGAAAGCAGCGUAUCUGAGUAUGUUACCUGAACAUGAAGCAAAACCCUUUGGAGAUGAUGAAGUAGAGUUGUUCAGGCAGGUCCCUCUGCUAAAGCAGAAGAUUGCGGGAAAGUCUCCCCCCACUGAGAAGUUUGCGAUAAGGAAAGCCCGGAGGUACAAGUCCAACGAUCCCGUGAGGCUGCCAGUGCCGGCUCUGGAGAUGAUGUACAUGUGGAACGGUUUUACGGUGAUCGGCAAACAGUGGAAGCUAACAGAGGAAAUGUUGGAAACGAUCUGUGAAGCUGAGGCAGGGCUGGAGCAGGCGGCACCUAAUGAAUACCUGGCUGAUGACAAGUGUGUGGUGAAGCUGCUGAAGGGUUUGUGCUUGAGGCACCUGGGCAAGAUCCUGGAAGCAGAACAGUGCUUUGUCUACAUUUACGAACAUGCGAAGAAAAUUAAAUACGAUCACUACCUUAGUCCUAAUGCACUCCUGGAGCUCAGUCUGCUCUUCAUUCAACAGGAUCGAAAGGAGGAGGCUAUUAAGUGGUUGAGACGUGCAAAACAAAACUACAAGGACUAUUCCAUGGAAUCCAGGACUCUUUUCCGGAUACACGCCGCUCUUUCCAAACUGAAAGCAGAGACGGAUGAGAAUGGGCUGGAAGGAACUGCCCUCUAGAUGUGCAGACAUGAUGCUGCAAACACAGCGGAGGACUCGGUGUUAAAGGGGACAGUCUGGGAACGGGGAGGGGCUGGAGUGUAAAAUUAAACGAGCAUCUUCACUCCCAACAGCACCUGGGGUUGAAACUCUUUCUGCUGGGAAGUUAGUGUUUGGGGAGCUGGCCUGCCCUUCCCGAGUCUCUGACUCCUAAGACAAAAGAACUUGUCCUGUGCCAUUUUGGAUUUGAGGAAAGGAUGUGGGAAGUGUUGCCAUGGAGACCGAUCAGCUGCCAUUUUGUCUUCUGCUGGACUUGUAGGGCACGAGUCUUCACAGAGGGGGAUGAAUCCCACAUCUGGAAGAGAGAAUAGUGGGAGGAGGGUGAUAAAUCAAGGAGGGGGGAGACCCAGGAAACACGGUUUGAAACCAGCUUUGUAACUGUCCUUUGUUCACGUUCCUGGAAGCACCAGGUAGCUGUGCCUUCCCCUGCUACUUCCGGAGGCCUCUUGGUGUAGGCCGCAAGGGUUAGAAGUUAUUUAGUAUAAAUGCAUUAUUUUAAUGUUUCUAAAUUAAAUUCUGUAGAUAGACUGUGAAAUAUUGGGAGACUUGGAUGGCUAAUUGCACAGAAAUUAUUUUAUAUCUAACACUUAGAGAUUUUAUAUUUUACAUUCAAAUAGGGGUGUUAUGUUUCCUCAUUGCAAAGUGUUUAUUCAAGUAGUUGUACAAUCAGGUGCUGUGUCAGUUGGGUGUGGCCAGUUAAUGAUUUAAUGUUGGCUGUGAAAUGGCACCGGGUAUGAAUGUGGAAGAGUUUGCUGUCCAACCUUGGGAAAAUAGUGGAAUUUUCCAAUAUUCAGUGUUUAAAUGAAGCCAGUUACACCAGUUCUAUUGCCUGGUUGGGGCUUUGAUAUUACAAUUUAGAAAAUGUAAAGAGCAGAUUCUGUAGGCAGGUUUCGACGAUUAACAAAGCUUCCACAAGGAGGAUGUUGCCGUCCAACCUGAACCUGCCCUUGUCUGAUUUCAGAGUGUGCACCAACGAUCGAGAUUGGGAAUGCUCACUGAUAUCACCUCACGGAUGGUCCUGCUCACACCACCAAUCCCACCAUAUGCUCCUCUCCUGCCCCUCACCCUAGAUUAACUGAGGUCAGCCAACCAAACCUGCCCUAGCUCCACAGCUCACUCACUCUGCCCAGCAUCAAGUCAGGAACCCUUCGUUCCGCAGACUGAUUCCUGACUUGUUCCGUUAUAUGUACAACGAGAGUUUGGGAGACCAGCUGCUGUGGGGCUGCAGGAAUCUUUUGCUGGGUGGGAACUCUGUUCUUGGCUGCAUUUCCGACUUGUGAACUGUUUGGGUUUUGAGCUCUGCUGUAACCUGGGGAGGAGCUGAACAGAGAGAAGCUCCAGUUGUAGAGAAACCUGGCUGAACCUCCAUCUGGAUUCUGUUCAGUUGCAUCGCCAAAGCUCAGCAAGGAUUCAGAUUGGGGGACAGUGCAAAAUGAUGCUGGUGUUAAUAGGUUUACAUUGUGAAGCUAGACUGCAUAUUUGUUGAAUACGGAAGAAUGUCAUUUAAUUGAGCUGCUUAAGAUAAUUGUAGAAAAAGAAUAAAAAUGGGAUUGGUACUUGA